CCUUGCAUCCUCAGUAUGUUGCCACUGAUGUCAGCUACAAACCCCUCCCCAUCUCGGGGGCGAAUGAAGCGGAACCUUCGCAGAAAAGAAUAAAAUGCAACACCGCAACAAAUAAAACAAAACAGAGGGGUGAACAUCAGCUGAGAGAAGAGGGUGGGGGAGAGGGGAGUGAAGUCCAGAAGAAAAAGCUGAGGCGAAAGAGGCGAAGAACGAGCACAUGUGGUAAACACCUGGAUGAUACUACUAUAUGUAUAUCUAGGUACACGCUCUGUCUAGCUACAUCUCUUCAAGAUAUGUAUAGUGUAGACUGGGUGGAAAUUGCAUACAGCGAGCGCUUUGCGAGUAACUUUGCACACAAUAAGUUGUUAGACUUACAUAAAGAUAGGGACUGGGUACCGCGACUACUUCUUCUACAUACAAAUACAUAUACAUAUCUAUGAACAGCUUCAAAAUCAACACAGCUUUAAGAUCCACACCCAACAUCCCCAACAAACCCACAAAAAAACAACCUAAAUCUAUUAUCUUAAUCAAUCGCAUGUCUAUAAUUCACCACCUCUACACUCUGUUUAUCCCUUUCCUACACACCAAAAACCCUUAUCAAACAUCCUCCUCAACAUCCCUCCAAGCCCGCAAUAACUAAAAGCAAGGGAAAAAAAAAAGAACAUGCAAAUAUCAAAAUAGUACACAAAUGUAGCAUUUCCCAAGCCCAGACAGAAUCCCACGUAUGUACAAAAGGGUAUAUAGCCACACGUGAGAUUCUGCACGUUGUGGCUAAAAUAAUCAGCUCAAUCCGCUCCGCCCCCUCCCCCACCAAACGUUUUGCGGAGGUGAUGUCAGAACAUUUCCCCAUCAAGGCCAUGCGCAAGGGGAGGGAAUAAACGUAUACAUCAAUAUAUGCAGUUUCAGCCCUCCGCCCCCGCGGGCCCCCCUCUCACCUGCAGAUGGAAAUACGAGGCGUCCUCGCUCGCUCGUCUGACCCCGUUCCCUAUCAAUGCCAAAUAUAGAUGGCGAAGAGACGGACGUAGUCUGAAUAAAAGAACAAUUCUCAACAACUCCCUACUUCAUCACAUUCCCUACACUUCAACGGUGACAAUGGAAGUAGCGGGGGUCUCACUCGCGCUCCCACCUCUUCUAGCAGAAUGCGGGAAGCUAGCAAAACAGUGCCAUGACCUUCAGAGCAAGUACCAGCACGCUCCAGCGUCAUUAUCGUACAUCAUUACGGAAUGCAACGCCGUGACGUAUAAUAUUUCCGAAUUGAAGGAUUUGGAUAUACGACAUUUGCGGGAAUGCAAACGGGAGGCGUUUCGACGACACAUCGAUAGUCAGGUAUUGGGCUGUAUCAGCCUCCUUUCCACUAUCGAACAGGAUCUGGAGUCGUUCCGAGGUGUUGCUGAAGAUGAGGGUGUGAUUGUGGGUCCGUCGCGGCGGUUCAGACGGAGAGAUCGGAUGCGGUUCGUCUGGAACGAAGACCACGUCAUGGGAUUGCUGCAGAAGCUGCGGGGUCUGGAGACGAGUUUGCUGCUUUCGUUGUCGUUGCUGAAGUUCCCCGAACAAAACGAUAUGCGACAGAUUGUUGAGACGCAAAAUGUAAUCCUGGCUUCUUGUCUCCAACGACACCACAGUAGUACGGGGCAACACAAUACGAGAGGGUCGUACAGACUCAGUCAAGACACCGUGUUGAGCCGGACGAGUGAACGAAGUAGUUUGCUGUCUGAUACGAAGUUCGACUUCGACAAUGAAGCUAUCAACUCGCGAGCGUACAGACAAGCCAUGGCCAGACGACGCAUCAAGAAGAUUGUAUCAGCGCCGACAAAACAGCUACAGCAAAAACACUCAAGCCAGGAGAUAGCAUCUGUGGAUGCCGUGUUUUCGUUACACGUGGUCCCAUCUUUGAGGCAGUCUGUGAUGGGUGAUUUCGAGGAUUUGGUGUCAGAAGUUGAAUCGGUGUUCUCAGAAAGUCUUUCAACUUAUUCUUCCGUGCUCGACCUGUAUAUGAGCAAUGGGGGUUCUGCGCAGGAAAUGCCCGAGUUUAUUGCAGAACCUCUUGAGGGGGAUCAAAGCUCGUUACCAACAUUCUCUCACACAGAAGAAUUUGGCGAGAGUGUUGCAGAUUCCCUAUCUAGCGAGACCAAAAACCGAUGUGACGAUACAAGAGACAGUAGCGUUCCCUCGUAUUUCGGAGGUAAUGAUGCUAUGGGAGAUGGGCAUGAUUCGAUCCCAGAAGUGACAUAUCGAACUGAGAGUAGCCGCUUCAGCAUCGGAAGCUUUCGGUCUCAAGCGACAAAUGAACCUGAAGCUCCGACAGUCGUAUCUAGCAACAUUUCAGCGAAGCGGCAGGAUGCUUUGAAAGCUCUGUCUGCUAACGGCUCAUCCGGGAGCAGAACUUCAUUCGAACGCUCUCCGUCAGCAGCGACUCAACGGCGGAAUUCCGCACCAUCGCAUUCAUUGCGAACCAACAGUCUCGAGCAGGACAUCAAUGCCGGAUUUUCAGCGCCUGAACAAAGAGAUCCUUGGGACAAAACUUGGCGCUUCUCAACAUCAUCAGAACAGAUCACCGCCCAGCGAAGAAUCAGUGCCCCUCUCCUUGGAGGCUCACAUAGAAUAUCUCUGGAAGAACAGAGAGAUGACCUAUUUGACCAAAAGAACAAAACCGCAAGGCCCCCAUCAAUCAGAUCCUCACCUCAAGUGGUCGAGAAGUCAGCGGGGUCCAUCAAGUGUGUGCUUGUUGGUGAUGCAGCGCGACUGAAAACAAAGAUGCUCUUUGCAUACUCAGAGGGCAAAUUGUCCAAUGGUUACGUUCCGACGAUUUUCCAUGAUCAAGCAUUGACUGUUAUGGUGGGCCGUGACGCCUACACAGUCGGUCUGUUUGAUACCACCGGAGCGGAAGAGUAUGACUCGAUUCGUGCACAGACGUAUCCAAACACAGACAUCUUCCUGGUCUGCUCAGAUGUCGAACGCAUUGAUCAUUUCGAAUCAGUGCCUGAAUGGAUGCGUGAACUGAAUCAAUACCCGCAAGCGCUCAAGAUACUUGUAGGAGCCACUGACUCGGACGAUUCAGAGGAUGAAGACUCAGAAGCUCCGGCAGAUAACCAAGAGAAGAGAAGGCGAAAAAUUCUUUCACGACAAACCGGGGCGCUUUCAUAUCUGGAGUGUGAUGUGCGGACCCCCGAUACCAUCGUGGAUGUGUUCAGUGAGGCCAUAGCAGCUGUGAUAGAACAGCGACUACGAGCAAGACGACGCCGCGGAAGAUCCAGCGGGGCGGUGAAAUGGCUUCGAGAGAUGCUACAACCCAUCUCAGAAGUUGCCGCACACUAA